UCGGAUGGUGUGAUUUUGUUGUGUCUGUUCGUGAUCUUGAUGGAUUGGUGGGGUUGUUUUUUUUGUUUAAGGAAGUUGAAAUAAUGUCAAAUAUGCAAGAAUCCACUGUACUGUUGAAAGCUUCUCUUCAUAUCGCAUCUUACAGACUCUUCAUUUUGCCCAUAUGGGGCAAUGUUUUGCGACGGAAGAGAGACUGGAUGGGCAGUCCAUCUGCAAGCAUGUCUGAAGGUGAUGUGGAGUGUUUCUCAGAGUACAUGGAACUUUGGAUCCACAGAAUGAGAAUUGAAGGACUGAGGCUUUGGCUUUCUGGAAUAUUGAGGAUUCAAGUGGGUUUGGUGUCUAUGGAGAAUCUGAACCAUCAGCUUUCCUCAUGUGGGUUUGCCCUGCACAGAGAUCUGGAAAAGAACUAUAUCUUCAGAGUCAUGUACAGUGGAUGUUUUGUCCAGUUAGAGCAUGGCAAUUAUGUGAUUGUGCUGAACUUGCUAAAGAGAGUAAGUCGUUUUGGAGGCAGGACUGAGAAGUUCAUGAUGAAGUGUCCAGCGGUGUUAGCGCCUCCUAACAGAGAGUACAUCCAGUGUGAUUCAGACUUCAUUCAGGUUACCAGAGAGAUCCCUGUGGAUAACUGGAAUAAUGAGCUUGAUUGGUCUCUGGCUUUGAGAGGGAGUUUGGUUGUGGCUUUGGAGGAUUCCAGUCUUAUUCAAGUAAAUGUUGAAAUGCACAAACCAAACAUAACGGUUCAAGGAAGGAGAGACACCAUCUUAAAUCCUGUGCAGGUUUUCAAAUCUGAAGGACAUUUCUUACCUCUCAAACUGGUCAGUGGCCAUUAUGCCUACAGCAUGGAGGCGACCUGCCCAAAUGUGAACCAGUCGUCAUCUGAAGAUACAGUGCUGCAUGUCUAUAAACGGCGUAUGGGCCUGACCAAAAGAGGUGGAUAUCAAAAUGAGACCCUGUCAGUAAGCACUGUGAUCGUGGAACAGACUGACACAUUCACCUGGUCAGAGACGAGUGACUUUGUGCAGCUUAUCAUUCCCACAUCUCACAUUCAACAGAAAAAGGAGUGCGUUGGUCAGGCAGGUGAGAAACUUCAGCAAAAUUUCUACAAGAUAGAUGCUGUUCUCACCUUUAAAGAGACAAACCACAAAAUGCACUGGAUCAUGGAAAACACCUCACCUUGUUCAGAGAUGUUAAAAUCACACCUCCAUUUAACACAUGAUGACCCACAAGAAGCUAAUGUGACAACACAUUCACCCAAGAGGAUUACAGACAAGCCAGAAGUCCCUGUUGAAGAAUUUACUCCUCCUGUCUCACCAGAGACUACAUCUACAGCAUCACAGAAAGCAGAUAAAGAAACCAGUAUAACGUCAGCACAAAGCCAACAACUCCAAACAUCUGAGGCUCUUAGCACAUCAUCUCGCCUUUCACCAUAAAUGGAGAUAGUGAAACAAAAGUAUUUGCAGCGACACUUCCUGGCCUAAAGCACAACAAAGAUCUCUCGAGAAGUUCAUCCGUGCAUCAUUGACUGUGAGGGGCCGCAAUGCAGAACGUAUGGAAAUGCAGGUACCGACCGCACACGUGUCAGUGAUUUUCCAAACAACACUAUUACUAUUGGUAGUCCAUUAAUCACAACAGAUGUAAUCACAGUUUGAAAUACAGCUACACAUUUAAGCGCCAUAUUCACUCUGGGAUUGGGACUGGGACUGGGAUUUACAACACAACCGUCAAGUGGACCAAUGCGUCUUUUCCGUUGACAAGCAAAGUGCCAUUGGAAUCACAUGUGGGGAAUGAUUACAUCUAAGACUGUGUUGGUCAUGCCAUUUAAAUACGAGCUACUGUCUCAGAACUCCCUCAGCUGUGUGUCUCACAUCUCAGGAAUAAAUAUGGUGUCUAGCAUUAAAAAACUGGUGUUGGUUCUCAAGUUGCACUAGAACUAUUCCUGUCGCUUCCCUGAAAGACAGAAAGUGCCUGGCAGUUUGGAAAUUGAAGGGAAAUUUCCUUAAAUAAUGUAAUAUUAUAUUAUCUUUAGUACAGUUUCUAUUAUCUUUUGUAUUAUAUAAUUAUGUAGAUGUUUAUUUUAUUGUGCUGCAGCAGUCCGAUAGUUCCUAAAACUCAUGCUCAGCCAUAUAUUGCUGCAUAUCAGUUUGAUCAUCUGGGAAACUGAAAAACGUGUCUCCAUCAACUAUAGUUAUACUCAAUACAAAAAUGGCAUUAUUUCAAAAUAUGCACAGUAUUGAUUAUACUGUAGUACAUAAUAAAACAUCCUGGACGUAAUGCAAUUUCUUUCACUUGACAGACUUUAAAUGAUAAUAAACAAAUGAUCAUUCUUUUAAUUAGAUAAAUGUUUGGACAUUAAACAGUUACGUACUGGCAUUACUUUCAUGUCUUUCGUAUCUCACGGACUGGCAACUGGCACCAUCUUGCAUUUCGGGUAUCGAUUCUAGUAAAGAUGACCUCAUUAAUAUUACUGUAAUAUCGUUGCAGCGUUCAGCUUGUUGCAAAGCUGAUUGUUUUGUACAUUUUAAUGGACUACAUUCUGUGCAUUAUCUCUUGCAUAGAUGUAUAUAGAUAUGUAGGUGAAUUAAAUAACGCAGGUUUUUUUCUUAGAAAACAAAACAAAUUACAUGAUUUUAUGACGGAUAUGUGAUCUGGAUUAAUCUAAAACUAAAACCGCUAGAGUGUUUGUAGUCUGGAUGAUCAUAAUGUGGACCAGAGAUGUUUUCAUGCUGAAUCCCACCAUCUGGCAUCAAUCUACAAUGUUUUUUGUCGUUGUUGUUUUUUUAAUUCAGGGAUGUGAAACUGUAAUUUUAGCUCUAAUUUUUAAAAGUACAGUGGAGAUUAAAACAACCUGCAAUUUCCUAAAUUUCAGUGUCACCGCUUAGUCUUAUUUGAAGUUAUUCUAGCAGGAGUAGAAGGGCAGUUUUAAUCAUAUUUCAUAAAUUAAUUGUAUUCUGAAGCACUGUAUAAAAAACUUAAAUGAGAUAUUUGAAAAAUAACCCUAAUCAAAAUUAGAGAACACUUACAGACACCUCCAAGUAAUUGGUGUUAAUCUGGCACCUGGCUAAUUUCCUUAAUUAUAUGGCAAACCCUGUUUAACUGGCAGCAUUCCUCCAAUUUUCACUGAGAUUGCAAGAUGACUGGCCGCUCUACGGUGACUGAAACCCUGCGACAGGAGGUUGUCCGAACACUUUCAGCCAUUGCAAGAGAUGUUGGUCAUUCUAAAUCUGUGAUUUCUCUAAUAUUGCAGUUUUACAAUGACACUAAUUCAUUCAAGUCCCCCAAAAAGUCUGGUCGCCCAUGUAAAAUAAAUGCACAAGAAGACAGGAUAAUGCAGAGACUCUCAAUGGGGAAUCGGUUCAACACUGCAGCUGGAAUUGCUUGCCAGUUAAGUGCUGAACAGGGUCUGGAUCUGUCUCUGCAUGUUAAAGAAGAGUCAAACUGAAAGCGCACUCUGCAGUGACCAAGCCUCUCAUCAGCAGAAAGCAUUCGAAAGGCUAGACUCACCUUUGCUGAGGAACAUGAUGUGUGGAGAGAGGAGAACUGGUCCAAAGUUCACAAAGAAUUUGGGUUUAAUGAGAAACAUUUUGAUUGACGUCAAACUGAGGAAAGACUGAAGCUCAAGUGUGUAAAGAAGUCAGUGAAAGAUGGUUGAGGAAGUUCACGGUUUGGGGGAUGUUUUCUACAGCAGGAGUUGGGCCUCUUCUACAGAUACAUGGCAGAGUGAAUGCAAAUGUUUAUCAGGACCUCCUUCAGCAACAUACAGUUCCUUCUCUUCAAGCGUCUCCCAAUCAGACAAUGCCCCAUCACACUGCAAAACAGGUAAAGCAGUUCGUUGAAGCUCAGAACUCUGAAAUAAUGUAAUGGCCGGCCCAGAGUCCUGAUCUAAACCUGACUGAAAAUCUUUAGAAAAUCCUUGGCGAAAAAAGUUGCCAAGAAACCGUUACCAAACUAUGAAAGGGAGUGGAAGAAGAGUGGACCAAGAUCACACAGUGCAGAAACUAAUGAUGUCCUGCGGCCACAG